GCCCCCCGCGCGCCCGCGAGCCGCCGAUGGUGCAGCGCAUGUGGGCCGAGGCGGCCGGGCCUGCGGGCGCCGCCGAGCCGCUGUUUCCGGGCUCCCGGCGGAGCCGCAGCGUGUGGGACGCCGUGCGCCUGGAGGUGGGCGGCCCCGACAGCUGCCCCGUGGUGCUGCACAGCUUCACGCAGCUCGACCCCGACCUGCCGCGCCUGGAGAGCUGCACACAGGAGAUCGGCGAGGAGCUGGUCAACGGGGUCAUCUACUCCAUCUCCCUGCGGAAAGUGCAGGCACACCACAGCGCCAACAAGGGCCAGCGCUGGCUGGGGUGUGAGAACGAGUCGGCCCUGCACCUGUAUGAGACCUGCAAGGUGCGAACGGUGAAGGCAGGCACGCUGGAGAAGCUGGUGGAACACUUGGUACCUGCCUUCCAGGGCAGCGACCUCUCCUACGUCACUAUCUUCCUGUGCACCUACCGAGCCUUCACCACCACCCAGCAGGUCCUGGACCUUCUGUUCAAAAGCAGGUACGGUAGAUGUGACGCCCUCACGGCCUCCUCUAGAUACGGAUGCAUUCUCCCUUAUUCUGAUGAAGACGGUGGACCCCAGGACCAGUUAAAAAAUGCCAUCUCCUCUAUUCUGGGCACCUGGCUGGACCAGUAUUCGGAAGACUUUUGUCAGCCCCCAGACUUUCCCUGCCUUAAGCAGCUGGUGGCCUAUGUGCAGCUCAACAUGCCUGGCUCCGACCUGGAGCGCCGUGCCCACCUUCUUUUGGCCCAGUUGGAGCAUUCAGAACUCACUGAAGCUGAGCCUGAGGCUCUGUCGCCAGCUCCAAUGCCAGUUCUAAAAACAGCUCCAGAACUAGAGCCAGCUUUAGCACCACCUCUCGUGCCCGCUCCAGAGCUACAGUCAGCUCCAGCACCAGCUCCAGCACCAGCCCCAGCCCCAGCUCUAGAGCUACAGUCAGCUCCAGCACCAGCUCCAGAGCUAGAACCAGCACCAGCUCCAGAGCUAGAACCAGCUCCAGCUCUAGAGCUAGAAUCAGCUCUGGCACCAGCUCCAGAGCUAGAACCAGCUCUGGCACAAACUCUAGAGCUAGAGGCAGCUCCCGCACCCGAGCCUCCCUGGCCUUCGCCUGUGACUGCAGAAAAUGGCCUGAAUGAGAAGCCUCAUGUCUUGACCUUCCCUCCCGACCUGGUGGCGGAGCAGUUUACACUGAUGGAUGCGGAGCUGUUCAAGAAGGUGGUGCCCUACCACUGCCUGGGCUCCAUCUGGUCCCAGCGGGACAAGAAGGGCAAGGAGCACCUGGCACCCACCGUCCGCGCCACUGUCACACAGUUCAACAGUGUGGCCAACUGUGUCAUCACCACCUGCCUGGGGGACCGGAGUGUGACAGCCCGGGACAGGGCCAGGGUAGUGGAGCACUGGAUCGAGGUGGCCAGGGAGUGCCGGGUCCUCAAGAACUUCUCAUCACUCUACGCUAUCCUGUCAGCCCUACAGAGCAACUCUGUCCACCGGCUGAAGAAGACAUGGGAGGAAGUUUCCAGGGACAGUUUCCGAGUCUUCCAGAAGCUGUCAGAGAUCUUCUCGGAUGAGAACAACUAUUCUCUGAGCAGAGAGCUGCUCAUCAAGGAAGGGACCUCCAAGUUUGCCACCCUGGAGAUGAACCCCAAGAGAGCCCAGAAGCGACCAAAGGAGACGGGUGUCAUCCAGGGCACCGUUCCCUACCUGGGCACGUUCCUCACAGACUUGGUGAUGCUGGACACCGCGAUGAAGGACUAUCUGUAUGGAAGACUGAUUAACUUCGAGAAGAGGAGGAAGGAAUUCGAGGUGAUCGCCCAGAUCAAGCUGCUCCAGUCGGCAUGCAACAAUUACAGCAUCGCACCCGAGGAGCACUUUGGGGCCUGGUUCCGGGCCAUGGAGCGGCUCAGCGAGACGGAGAGCUACAACCUGUCCUGUGAGCUGGAGCCCCCCUCCGAGUCGGCAAGCAACACCCUCAAAGCCAAGAAGAACACGGCCAUUGUCAAGCGCUGGAGCGACCGCCAGGCCCCCAGCACAGAGCUCAGCACCAGUGGCAGCUCUCACUCCAAGUCCUGCGACCAGCUCAGGUGCGGCCCCUACCUCAGCAGCGGGGACCUUGCCGACGCACUCAGCGUCCAUUCAGCCGGCUCCUCCAGCUCUGAUGUGGAUGAGAUCAACAUGAGCUUUGUCCCGGAGUCCCCCGACGGUCAGGAAAAAAAGUUCUGGGAGUCCACCUCCCAGUCAUCCCCGGAGACCUCCGGCAUCAGCUCAGCCUCCAGCAGCACCUCCUCCUCCUCAGCCUCCACCACGCCCGUGUCCGCCACACGCACCCACAAGCGCUCCGUCUCAGGGGUCUGCAGCUACAGCUCCUCACUGCCGCUCUACAACCAGCAGGUGGGCGACUGCUGCAUCAUCCGCGUCAGCCUGGACGUGGACAACGGCAACAUGUACAAGAGCAUCCUGGUAACCAGCCAAGAUAAGGCUCCGGCCGUAAUCCGGAAGGCCAUGGACAAACACAACCUGGAUGAGGACGAGCCAGAUGACUAUGAGCUAGUGCAAGUCAUUUCAGAUGAUCGAAAGCUGAAGAUCCCUGACAACGCCAACGUAUUCUACGCCAUGAACUCUACGGCCAACUAUGACUUUGUCCUAAAGAAACGGACCUUCACAAAGGGGACAAAGGUCAGGCAUGGCGCCAGCUCAACUCUCCCUCGCAUGAAGCAGAAAGGACUCAAGAUAGCCAAGGGCAUCUUCUAAUGAGUCCCCAGCACUGGCCAGCCACAGGACCGCUCUCUCAGGGGCUGGCAGGCUGGGUAACUAAGCACUUACAGACUCCAGUGGCCCAGGCCAGGCAGGCACCUGCUGUCUGAACUGCCAGCUCAGGCCACCCCCAGACUCCAGUUUCACCCUGAAUCUCUCCUGCUGCCGGGAUUGAUGCCUGCUGUUUGCAAGGCUGACCUGGCCUCCCGUGGACCACUCGCUGCCUUAGGUGCCUUCCGCUCUCUGGAACCAGAGCACUAGCUGACUUUGCCAAGGAGCACUGCCAAUGGGCAUGGAGCCCUGCAUGCUGCCGGGCACUGCCCUCUGUGCAUUUCCCUCACACCUGCUCAGGUGUGGAUCACUGCCACCUGUGCCCAUGAGCACCCCAGGGCACCCACUCAUCCACUGGGUCCGACCACUGCACUGCUCUCCUCAUGCCCACGGGCAUCGGCCCGCGCCCUUCUUGGGUCCUGGCCCCUCUUUCCACCACGCUAGCCUUUCCCAGGCUGCACCAAAGAUUCCACCAUCGGGGCCAACAGAGUGAGGGAGUCUCACCCACCCCCAUCCAGCCCUCCCCCAGGAGAGGAGGAGGGGGACCCUUUUUCACAGAUCACACUCUGCCUGGUGAGUGAGAAUGGUCUCAGCCGAGUCCCAUUCACGUCGAAUCUCAAGACACUGCAAGUGCCAUUCAUCACUGCACCCUGGGCUUCACGAGACCACAAGAGACGGGGGUUAGUGGGAAAGGAGAAUUUGGGGGAAGGGGAGGGGUGUUGAAUAUUUGUAUAAAAGGCAAAAAAAAAAAAAAAAAAGUUUACCAGUUGGGGAGGGGCAAUAUUUAUUUGUUGUAAAUAGCAAAUGCUAGACUUGAAUAUUAUAUUAAAAUCCAGUUUCUACUAUAA